AAGCCCAAAAAAAAUGAGGAGGGAAGGCAAGCAACAUGGGCUCGUGCGGACCCACGUUAUUCUGCCAUGGGCCGUUAACAGCCCAAGGUCCAAUUCCAGAGUGGUGAACAAGCUCGAAGGCCCACCAACCGCCGGCGCUUUUACCAGGGUGUCCUCCAAGCCCACCAACCACUCGAAGUUCACGGGCAGCAACGGCUGCAGCAGGGACAAGCCCAAGCCCAAGAAUAAGUCCAAUGGGCCCAAAAAGCUGGGCCCCAGAUCGGACGGGUUCGAUGAGGUUCUUAAUGGCCCAAGGUUUGGAAAUGGCAAUAAAGUAUCGGCCCAUGAUGAUGAGUUGUGGUGUCAUGAAAAUGAAGAGAUUUUAGAAGAUGAGGUGAUGAACGGACGCAUAAGUGAUUGUGAUGCUGAUGGUUGCUCAGAUUGGUUGCUUGUGUAGAACUUAGGAUCUCUGCAUGAAUAUGACGAAACUAUGUCCUUUUUCUUUUCUUUUUUUUCUUUUUUUCUUUUUUGUGUUUUUGUGAGAAAAUAAGUAUGUUUUAUGUCGCUACUGAGAACAAGGUUCAUUUGGCAGCGGAAACGAUAGGAUGCAUCGUAUAUGUAACGAAAAACAACAAAGUCUUUUUCCGAAAUUUUUAAGUCCGUCUAUAUAAAUGUUUUUCUUAUACUCAAUAGUUUUAUUAUGGAUCA